ACUGCGGGAGCUUCACACACUCAAGGGACAUGUGGAGUCUGUUGUGAAGCUGAAGGGGCUCGACAUUGAGACCAUCCAGCAGUCCUACACGGUUUGAUAUCGCCUGUCCCCAGAAGUUUUUUUUAAAAAAAUCUUUCUUUCUCUUUUUGGCCACCGAAGUGUGACUUUUACGGUGGCUGGACUCUCUUUGUUUUAUUUAACUGAACUGGAGUCACAUCCCCAGACAAGUACUUGAAAUGAGACGGAAUCGCUUGAUCUCUCUGUAUUCUGUCUUUUUGUCGCCUAUCCUAUACCUAUCCUGCAUAAGUGCUUGAAGGGGAUGGGAAAUGGGAUCUUGUUGUUUCUCUCUUGCUGUGGAUGAUUGGGUGUGAGGGCAAGGGCUCAUCAAUCAGGCAGAUCACUAACUCCUGUGAUUGGGUGGCUAGCUCUGUGUGGCAUGGCAUGGCAUGUGAUGUGCGGGCCUCAGCUUCCAUGAAUGAAUGAAAUGAAAUGCAUCAUGCAUGGAGCUGGAACUGAAGUGGGGGAAGGAAGGUCAGCAUUGAGAUGCUUCAACAAUGUGCAUGGUUCCAGAUCUGCAGAUGUACCUGUUGCCUGCUGGAGAAGCAGCUCCGGCCCAACUCGGCCCAGUACGGCCCAAAGUAGUAGAAUCGUGGCGCUGCGGCCCAUAGCACUGAACAGGAAUACAGCAGCGGUUGCUCUUGCGGCGGCGAUGCUGGUGUCGCUGCCGAUGCUGCUGGUGUUGCCGCCGGCAGCGGACACGUUCGUGGAGUGGAAGGCCAAGUACGGCAAGGAGGAGAUCCAACGCGGGUACGGUGGGGUCCGGCCUGGGGAGCGAUCUUACGAGCAGGAGACCCGCCGGAUGUUCGUGGGAUGGAAGGCCAAGUACGGCAAGGCCUACAGAUCGAGACGUCGGUAGGAGGAGUGCCGGUACAGAUUGUUCAAGGGCAACCCGCAACCGCGUCGUCGUCUGGCUCAACGCCGCCGCCGCCGGGAAAAACCACCUGUACGGCCUCAACCAAUUCGGCGACCUCACCAACGAUAGAGGACCGAGAGCUAGCUGAGCGCCAGGUGCCAAGCCGUCACCCCCGACCAUGGGAGGCUGAUUCGCUACCAGGAGAAGCAGCUCCGGCCCAACCGCUCAACUAGGCCCAGGGAGUGAAAGUGGUGCUGCGGGCCAUAGCACUGAACCGGCCUAGUUCAUGAGGCGAGCUCCGACCUCCUACAGCCAGCUGCCAGCGGAGGGGCAGAUAGCAAGCUGUUCGGCGAAAUGCCGCCAUGGCCGCCGUGUCUCCAGCCCACCCUCGCCACCGCUCGCCGCGCCACCGCCUUCUCCAGGAGCAGGAGCCACCUCUCCUCCUCCUCCUCCUCCCCCGCCUUCGUCUGCGCAACCCCGGGCGACCACGCCCACGAGCAGCAGGGAGACAACGAGGAGCAGUCGUUGGUCGUGGUGGGCGGCGGCGCGGCGGGGGUUUACGCCUCCAUAAGGGCCAAGACCCUGGCGCCCCGCCUCAACGUCGUCGUCAUCGAGAAAGGGAGGUUCUUGUCCAAGGUCAAGGUUUCCGGCGGUGGCCGCUGCAACGUGACCAAUGGCCAUCAUCUUGAGCCCGUGGGACUGGCCAGAAAUUAUCCUAGGGGGAACAAGGAGCUCAGAGGAUCGUUCUUUGCCGCUCAUGGCCCGCAGGAUACCAUGCGUUGGUUCACAGACCAUGGUGUGGAGCUUAAGACGGAAGAUGAUGGAAGAGUCUUUCCUGUCACUGACAAUUCAGCUUCAGUAGUAGACUGCCUGCUAAACGAAGCUAGGAGACUUGGAGUUUCUCUGCAGGCUGGCAAAGCUGUGUCCAGUGCAUCUGUGACUCAGCAUGGAAAGUUUGUCCUCAAGGUUGAGAAGCGUACUGCUGAUCUUGUUGAUUACAUCACUGCUAACUAUGUCUUGGUUGCUACAGGUAGCAGCCAGCAGGGCUAUUCAAUAGCUGCACAACUCGGCCAUUCCAUUAUUUCACCAGUGCCCAGCUUAUUCACAUUUAAGGUUGCAGACAAGAGAUUGGCUGAUCUUGCUGGGGUUACAUUUCCAGUAGUCAAAGCAAAAUUGAAGCUAGAUGGCGUGCAAAAAAAUGUUCCGGAAUUAACUCAGAUUGGGCCUAUGUUAGUUACGCACUGGGGGCUCAGUGGUCCAGUUGUUCUGCGUUUGUCUGCAUGGGGAGCACGUGAACUACAUCAGUGCAACUACCAAGGAAAGGUUAUGGUUGACUUCAUACCUAACAUCCAUAUUGAGGACGUGAAAGGCAUCCUGUUCCGCUACAAAGAUCAGCAUGCGAAGCACAAAGUAAAUAACACCUUUCCCAUGGAGUUUGGGCUAGUGAAAAGAUUUUGGAGAUUCCUGCUAGAACAGGAGAGUUUAAAUGGUGAUAUGCACUGGGCCUCGAUGUCAAAUAAUCAUCUAAGUGCAAUAGCUGUUCGGUUAAAACAAUGGAUGUUUGAGGUUGUUGGGAAGGGACAAUUUAAAGAUGAAUUUGUGACUGCCGGAGGUGUUCCAAUUUCAGAGAUAUCACUUGGCACAAUGGAAAGCAAGAAACAACCAAAUCUGUUCUUUGCUGGAGAGGUACUUAAUGUCGACGGGGUCACUGGCGGUUUCAAUUUUCAGAAUGCAUGGACUGGUGGGUACAUAGCUGGCACAAGCAUAGCCACAUUGGCAUUGACAAGCAAUCUACAAGAACCAGUCCUUCCAACUAGAAAGAUCAUAGAAGAAAAUGUGGAUUGAGCGAUGAAAGAAUCUUCUUAGAUCAUCUGGGGACUGCAAGCUGCGUGAUGAUUCAGGGAUAUUACUAAUUUUGAAGAUAUCCAAGAUAACCAAGAUUAGUUAGCUUUUGUUUUUUGAAAGACACCAGGAAGGUAACAUUAGCCUAACAUGGGGUCAAUGUAGAGUCAAUCUAGGCAUACAACGUGCAGUCUGGAAAGAUGGUAGUUACAAUCUAGUUGAACAAGCUGUGAAUUGUACUUGACUGAUCAGAAUGCACAUCGAGCAA